CAUUUUCUAUAGAUAAUUAUUAAACAGGUGUCUGUUGUUGAAUUAUUACGAACAAUGUAAUUAUUUGUUAGUUAAAUGAAUGAAAGUGGGAAUAUUUUGUAUUAAAAAGAGUGUGGAAUUAUAUGAAUUUUUGUUUACAGAACAAUAAAUAAGGCAUCGUUUUAUCCGGUAUGACAAGCCUACGACUAUUAUUGCUCUCCCUAUUUACCACGUCUGCAUUUUCUCUGCAGCCAAAUUGCAGUUUAUUACACAUUUGUAAUUACGACUCGAAAGGUCAUGGACAAAAUUGCAUUCAGCCUAACGGUACAGCACCAGUAGCUUUAGAUCUGAAUAACACGAAGGACUAUGAAGCAAAUACUUUGUUAAGGCAGUACUGUCCGCAUUUCUAUGAAAACUCUGAGAAUCCUGAACUUUGCUGUGACGCAGACCAAAUAGCCGCCACAAUAGAUGGAUUUCAAAAUGGCGUUCCAUUUGCCCGGUGUCCCACCUGUAUAAAGAAUAUGCAGAAAUUAUUUUGCUUAUUUUCAUGCUCUCCGUAUCAGUAUUAUAUGACUUCGGAUUAUACCACCAAAAACUCUACAAAUGGAACUGUAUACGCAGAUACAGUCUCCUUACUAAUAGACAACAAGACCCUCAGCGGAAUCUAUCAAUCCUGUAAGGACGUUUCUCUUCCAAGUACCGGAGAACCAGUGAUGCAAAGCGCUUGUGGUAAUUAUGGUUCCAUUUGGUGCUCACCCACCAGAUGGUUCCAAUACAUGUCAGAUCCCGACCAAAAUCCUUUUGCACCAUUUCUCAUACACUAUAUAGUGGAUAAUGAAGAAUCUGAAAGUAGUCCGCUUAACUUCGACGUGUUGGCUUGUGAGGAGGCUUAUGAGAACUCCUCGGCGUGUACUUGCUCCGAUUGUCCGGUAAAUUGUCCUUUAAAUACUUAUGCACAACUCGGUGUAGAUCACUUAAUUUUUGGAGUUUUAAACAUAUUUGCUUUCUACGUAUCUAUUGGGCUGAUCUCAUUUAUUAUAGCAAUUUUCAUUGGAUUUAUUGUAGGCGCAAGACUAUCAAAAUUUAAAUUUACAGGUAUACAUCAUUUUCAAAAAUGGAGAAACGCUCAAACACGAUUACAGGAUUAUCUGUUUAAGUUUUUCAAAGCUUGGGGUUAUGGCAUGGCUUCCUAUCCCUUCAUAGUCCUUAUAGUGAGUAUGGUCCUAGCAGCAGGUGCAACAUAUGGAUUUGCUUUUAUUAAAAUAACCACUGAUCCCAUUGAACUAUGGGCAUCUCCAACGAGUCGAAGCAGAACCGAAAAAGAUUUCUAUGAUACGUACUUCACCCCAUUUUAUAGAACGAAUCAGGUUUUUAUUAAAACUGUGGGAAUGAGUUCAUUUUACUUUGAGUCAAACUAUGGGGGAAACAUCAUUCUUGGACCGGCUUAUGACAGUACUUUUCUGGUCGAAGUAUUCACUUUACAAAAACAAAUUGAAAAUAUUACUGUAGAAGUAGAUGGUAAAACGAUUGGCUUACAAGAUAUUUGUUAUUCACCCCUUAGGACUCCAUUCUAUGGUAACAAAACUGUGGAUGAAUGCACAGUAAUGUCGUUGUUGGGGUUGUUUGGCAAUAGCAUUGCAACUUAUAAUAAAAGUAUUCAUGAUAGUACUGAAAAAAUUAUUAGUUGCUUGCAAGCUCCUUCAACAAUAAACUGUUUAGCACCAUAUGGUGGUCCAAUAGUUCCUGGAGUGGCAAUGGGAGGAGCAAAGGAAGAAGACUACUCAGAUGCAGUAGGAGUUACUCUGACUUUUUUGGUCAAUAACUAUAAUGAUGAGAGUAAGCUAAAGAAUGCAUUAGCUUGGGAGGAAAAGUUUAUAGAAUUUAUGAAAAAAUGGGACGAAAACAGACCAAGUAUAAUGAACGUAGCUUAUAGCGCCGAAAGAUCUAUUCAAGACGAAAUCGAAAGAUUGUCCAAUUCAGAGAUGUCGACUGUCAUCAUCAGUUAUCUAGUCAUGUUCAUUUAUAUUGCCGUGUCGUUAGGAAAAGUGGUGAAGCCCAGACAGAUUUUGUUAGAAAGUAAACUACUGGUUGCCACUGGUGGAAUAUUAAUAGUGCUAAGCUCAGUUAGUUCAGCGAUAGGUAUAUGCUCAUAUUUGCAAAUAACCACCACCAUGUUAACUUUGGAAGUUAUUCCCUUUUUGGUACUGGCUGUUGGCGUUGAUAAUAUUUUUAUUAUCGUGCAAACCUAUCAAAGAAAAAAGAGGAAACCAGAGCAAUCAAUUGCAGAAUCUAUAGGAGAAACGAUGGGUAAAAUCGGACCUAGUAUGCUUUUGACUAGCACAUCUGAAAUUCUCUGUUUUGCAAUAGGUUCAUUAUCUUCAAUGCCAGCAGUAAAAACGUUUGCAAUAUAUUCAACAGUAGCGAUUGUGAUCGAUUUUCUUUUACAAAUUACCGCAUUUGUGGCUCUCCUUGCGAUUGAUCAAAAACGUUAUGAGGCAAACAGACUGGACCUUUUGUUUUGCAUCAAACUCGACGUCCAGAAAACAGAGAAGCCUGGCAUAAUUCACACCUUCUGGAAGGAGAAGUUUACGCCAAUUAUAAUGAAAUUGCCAGUACGUAUAUUGGUGGUCAUAAUUUUUAUCAUAACUACUAUAACGUGCAUCUUGGUGGCACCGAAUAUUGACGUUGGCCUGGAACAGAAAUUAUCUAUGCCCACUGACAGUCACGUCCUUAAAUACUUUGAAUAUUUAGAAAAAUACUUAGGUACAGGCCCUCCAGUCUACUGGGUGGUAAAAGGAAACGUGGACUUUUCAAAUGAAACAAUUCGAAACAGAGUGUGUAGCGGUGUAGGUUGCAUUGACAAAUCUGUUAUAACGCAGCUCUACCUGGCGUCAAAAGCUGAAAAUAUAACGUAUAUUUCCACCCAAUCCAACUCUUGGUUAGACGACUUUUAUGAAUGGGCGGAUACGUCAAAAUGUUGUAAAUAUUUUGAGACCAACUCAUCGUUUUGUCCUCACACAUACACGACAUGUCUAUCGUGUGCCUAUGAUUCUUUACAAAAAACUGAAAAUAUUACUAGAAAAGAGUAUUAUGACAAAUAUUUGCCUUAUUUCUUGAUGGAUAAUCCGGAUGCUACUUGUGCUAAAGGCGGUCAUCCAGCGUAUUAUCAGGGUAUGUCAUUUUAUCAAGAUGCCAAUGGAAAAACGACAGUGGAAGCCUCAAGUGUAAUGAGUUAUCAUUCAGUGCUAAAAAACUCUUCCGAAUAUACGGCGGCUUUGAAGUACGCUAGGUAUAUCGCAGAAAACUUAACGAAAACUUUAGAUGUUAAAGGAGUAGAAAUAUUUCCGUACAGCAUCUUUUACGUAUAUUACGAACAAUACCUCACAAUUUGGUACGACUUAUUGGAAAGCUUGGCAUACUCCUUACUGAUAGUCUUCGUGGUUGCAUUUGUAAUAUCUGGCCUGGAUCUUUUUGCUGCUGUUAUAAUUCUGGUUACAGUUACAAUGACUAUAGUACAUAUGCUGGGAUACAUGUAUGCCUGGAAUAUAUCACUUAAUGCAAUUUCCUUAGUGAAUCUCAUCGUGUGCGUUGGGAUCGCUGUGGAAUUCUGUGGUCAUCUGGUCCAUUCCUUUAUUGUAUCCACCGAAAAAACUUCUCUUGAUAAAGCUACUGAUGCUUUAGGAAAUAUAGGAAGCUCCGUUCUCUGCGGCAUAACACUGACGAAAUUCUCUGGAAUCCUGGUGCUGGCCUUCUCCAAGUCGAAAAUCUUCCAAAUAUUUUACUUUAGAAUGUAUUUGGGUAUAGUACUAUUAGGAGCUGUCCAUGGUCUGAUAUUUUUGCCAGUGUUCCUUAGUUUUAUCGGUAAAAUUAAAAUGAAUAGUACCGAUGUUAGUAAGGAAGAAUAUUUCGAACAUAAUGCAAAAGUAAGGAAAAGUAGUGACAUUAAAAUAAACGGUAAUGAUGCUGAGAUAAUGGAGGAUAUAUAAAUACUCAUAUGUAAUUUUUUAUAAUAAAAGUUUUGUAUGUGGUA